CCUCAUCUGAUCAUUUGUCCGUAUCAGAACACCCCUUCUCAAGGAACCUGCUCCGCCAGAACGCACCACGCGCAUUUAAUGCGGUUGCUCCGUUAAGGCACGUUACACUCACCUAAAACGUCUACUCCGUCAGGCGCACCAUGUCACCAUUAUUGGAUUGACUAGGCCACGUGGGUGUGGACAAGCCACGUGGGUGCCUUGCCAAGCGGGACAAAGCCCACAAGGUAAGACUCGAUAAAUAGGCGGAAUAAAAGGAGGAAGGAUGAUCAGAAAAAUACUAACUUAAGCAUCGGAGUUUCUCCCCGAGGACCAACCUCGGGAUUUUGCAAGACCAUUUGGAGAAGGAUCAACUCGAAAGCAAAAAGGGGAAGAAGGAGAAAAAUAAUGGACAGCAACCGGGCGGAGGCGGAGCGAUGGCUGGGGAUGGCGGAGAGGCUGCUGGCGUCACGUGACCUGCACGGGACGAGGACCUUCGCGAUCCGUGUUCGCGACUUCAACCCGAUUCUCGCCGACCAAAUCCUCGCCGUGGCCGACACGCUCCUUGCCGCCCAGCCUGACCCUAUAGACUGGUACCGGAUCCUCCAACUGGCCCCGCUUACUCAGUCUACGGAACUCAUCGCAACUCAGUAUAGGAAACUUGUUCUGCUCUUAAAUCCCGCCAGGAAUAACAUCUUGUACGCCGAUCAGGCAUUCAGGCUCGUCUCAGAUGCUUGGAGUGUGCUUUCGAAUCCGUCUAAAAAGGCCAUUUACGACAGCGAGUUGAGAUUGGGCCAACUCGGCCGAGGAGCGAGUCAACCCGGCUUUGUGACUCAACUUGAUCUAGCGAGUCAACUUGAACCCCAAGUGAUUCACCUCGGUCUGCAACAGCAACACCAGCAUCCGCAACAGUACCAGCAACCACCGCAACCGCAACAGUACCAGCAACCGCCGCAACCGCAACAGCCACAGCAGCUGUAUCAACAUCAGCAACAACCGCAGAGAGAGACACCGACGACGCCGGUGAGGCGAACCGAACAACUGAUUCAAUUCGGUCAGCCACGGGAACCGCAACAGCAUCUGCCGCAGCAGAGAGAGACAGAAACACAGGUGAGGAAAACCCCUAGAAGUAAGGAUGGGAGAGCCGCAUUGGAAGAAGAAAGGGUGAUUCUAAGCAACCGACCCGAGUCAACUCGAAAUUCUGAGCCAACAAGGAGAACUCAGAUAAAUCAGACAGAAUCGACCCGACCGAGUUCGGGACAUCAAACGGAGCCAGCUCGUUCUACUCGGCCAAACGAGUCAACUCCCACCGAUCAGCCUACAAGGCCAAAGGUGCCUAGUUUUUGGACUGCUUGUCCGUACUGUUUUGUUCUUUAUGAGUACCCGAAGAUUUAUGAGGAAUGUACUCUGCGUUGUCAAAAGUGUAAGAGGGCUUUUCAUGCAGCUACAAUACCGUCACCGCCGGAGUCAGGAAAUGCUACUUACUUCUGCUGUUGGGGCUUUUUCCCAAUUGGGUGUUCAGGGAAACAAAGGAAUAAAAAUUCCGGUCCAAGAGUGUACUAUGAUGAUGAUGAUUUAUUUGUGGAGAUUUCUGAUACGAGUGAGGAUUCUGAUGAGGAUGACUGGGAGAAAGAGAGGAGGAAAAAGAGGACAAAGAGUUCUAAAGCGAGAGGUGCUGCAGCAAAGAAGCAGCAAAGUGAGAGGGUUAGGAAGGGCAGUAAUUUGGAUAGUGGUAAAGAUUUUGGUGGUGGGUCUACAGCUCCAGAGGGUCCACCAGUUGCUGAGUCGAGCAGGAGGGGAUUGGGAAAUGGGAGAAGGCAAAUGAGGAAUGGGGCAAAGGAUUUGGGGAAGUUGGAUUUAAAUGUGGAGUUCAGUAAUGAGGUGGAAGAGCCAGCCCUUGGGAGGAGGGAAGGGAAUGGGGCUGGAUAUGGAGAGGAGGAUAAUAUUGAAGGAAACGGGUUUUUUGAGGGUCUUGAUGAGUUUUUGAGUAGCUUGCCAAUACUUUCUGUUGUUGGAGAUGAUAAGGUGAAGGCUACUUAGUGAAGUAAUAACCUUGUGAUUGUUUUAUGUUCCUUUCUUGCGGUUUUAGUUGUAACUGUAUGUCGUAGUAUUUAAAUUAUGUAGAGGUUCUUGUGAUCUCAUUCUCCAGUUCUGUUUGAAUCUGAAUUCUGCUGUAUAUUUGCAGCAUUUUUGUUUUGUUAAUAUUAUUAUCAUUUCUUGUGGCAUUUCUUCCCGCAGGAGAAUAGGAGAUGUUGUAGUGAAUGAAUAACCAAUGCACUU